CUGGAGGGGGACCGUUUCCAAGCAUGGGAGACAGGCUGCCGGAGCCUCACGCCAGCUCUUCCCCUGCUGUGGCUGCCAGCUCGGAGGCGGAAGAAAUCGAGGUGCUGGACUCGGAGGAUGUCCUACCUAUGGCCGCAGAGGAUUUUGAUCCUGACAACACUGGCUACAUCAGCACUGAGAAGUUUCGCUCCCUUCUCCAGAGACACGGCUCGGAGCUGGACCCCCACAAGCUGGAGGUCCUGCUAGCCCUGGCAGACAGCAACUCUGAGGGGAGGAUCUGCUACCAGGACUUCGUCAACCUGAUGAGCAACAAAAGAUCGAACAGUUUCCGCCAGGCCAUCCUGCAGGGGAACAGGAGGCUGUGCAGCAAAGCCCUGCUGGAGGAGACGGGGCUGAGCCUCUCRCAGAGGCUGAUCCGGCACGUGGCCUACGAGACACUGCCGCGGGAGAUCGACCGCAAGUGGUACUACGACAGCUACACCUGCUGCCCCCCGCCCUGGUUCAUGAUCACCAUCACUAUUGUGGAGGUUGCCUUUUUUCUUUACAAUGGAGUGGUCUUAGACAGAUUUGUGCUGCAAGUCAGCCACCCCCUGUACCUGAAGAAUGCGUUACUGUACCAUCCCCAGCUCCGUGCCCAGGCCUGGAGGUACCUAACCUACAUAUUCAUGCAUGCAGGGAUAGAACACCUUGGGCUCAAUGUUGUCCUUCAGCUCUUGGUUGGGGUUCCCCUGGAAAUGGUGCACGGAGCUGCGAGGAUCAGUUUUGUGUACGUUGCAGGAGUUGUGGCAGGAUCCCUGGCAGUGUCAGUGGCUGACAUGAGGGCGCCGGUGGUGGGUUCCUCUGGAGGUGUGUACGCUCUCGUCUCUGCUCACYUGGCCAAUAUUGUGAUGAACUGGUCAGGAAUGAAGUGCCAAUUCAAACUGCUGCGCAUGGCUGUUGCCUUGAUCUGUAUGAGCUUUGAAUUUGGAAGAGCCGUGUGGCUGCGGUUCCACCCCUCCGCUUACCCCCCGUGCCCCCACCCCAGCUUCAUGGCUCAYCUGGGAGGGGUGAUGGUUGGAAUCACCCUUGGGGUCAUCAUCCUGAGGAACUAUGAGCAGAGACUCCAAGAUCAGACUUUAUGGUGGAUCUUCCUUUCUAUUUACAUCAUUUUUGUCUUGUUUGCCAUCUUCUGGAACAUUUUUGCCUACAGUCUGUUGGAUCUAAAGCUACCUCCCCCUCCUUGAAAACAUGGGACAGAAAAUGGAGAGUGGAAGUCAUCUGUCAGCUGUGUUAUAUGAAUGAAGAUGGAGCAUCUAUUUUUGUAUUUAACUUAGGAGAGGAUGAUUCUUCUGAACACACAAGUGUGCUGGAGGAGGUGCUUAAAGAUCUCAUGAAAGAAUGGGCUGAUCAGUUUGUUCCCAAAUCCAGCAGCUUCUGUAACUCUGGCUGGCCAUGCCYUGCAGUUUCUGCCCUGCACCUUGGCACUGACUGCUUGGGUUGUUAGCACACAUCAAUAUUUUGUAUGAGAUAUUUGUAUUUUCCAGGUCAGUGCUGGAAUUAUGGCCAAUUGUUGAGUGAAUUUCCUCAAUGUUACGAACACUAAAAGGGAAAAAGAGCAGACAUUUACUAAUUAGAGACUCACAUGGUACUCACAAGGCAGCUUGAGUCUGGUUUCUUUGGACACAUCUGACUGUUCAGCCAUACCAGUGCCCCUGUCUAAUUACUUGAAUGGUUCCUAAGAUAUUUUAGCCUAURGUGAAACUUGUCUUGCACAACUUUCAAAGGAAUCAGCAGAACUUGAUCACACCAAGUGAUGGAGACUGGUCUACAACUACAGGUCAAAUGAAAUUGCACUAUAAACAUUGGGAAUCUUUAAGAGUGUUGUGGACACCCAGCCAGAGGUGACUUCUACUGUGCAUAUUUCACUUGAUUUUGAUUAAUAUUCCCUCCCUCUCCAGCCUACUGUGGCUAGAGGGUAUGGUUGAGUUGGUGGUUUUUUGUUGUUUUGGUUUGGUUUGGGUUUUUUUUUGAGGGAUGAAGAAAAGGAGGGCAAAUGUUCAUUUGUGGUUUUAUCAGAUGACAAUCAGGUGCUGUUUUCUUCUCACUUUUUUCUGGCUACACUGACCUAACACCCAGCCUGCAGUGAGCUCCUAGCAAGGAUCUCAACUCUUCCAGCAGGUUCUUACUGGGAAAAUGGGACCAUGAUCACCUCCAGCAACYCAAAGUGGGACCUAUCCAGUCUUUACAGCCAUACAGUCCUUUUGGGGCCAAGUCCACUGAAGGCAGUGGAGUUAAAUCGCUUUGUAUGUAGCAAUGGUUUUCUCACUGAAGUGGAAAGGGUGUGAUUUGCUACAGUGAUCAUUGUGAAAUGGRUAAAACUGAUUUUAAGAUGACUGCUAAGUUCUGAGGGUGCCUCUUCCAGAGGCAAUGGAUGUUCAGGAGCUCCAAACACAGUUAGUUGCAGUGAUGCCUUUUUCUUUAACGAUGGUCAAGCCCAGGUUCAGGCAGUCUGGGCACAGCCCAUACAGGUGCCUGCACGGACCUGGGGAUCGCACAGGGACAUUUGUAGCACAAACAGUGCUUCUAGGAACUCUUCUCUGUAAGGUGCUUAUUUUGCUUGUCACUUUAGAGACCUGCCAAAUAACAAUCCUGGAAUGUGGGUGCCCUCCUUUUCUCUCCCCUUUACCCACCUAUUCAAUGGUCUGGAUAAAGCAGCCAUAAGARUCUCUCCAGACAAGCUCCUCUCUUCCUUUUCUCUAUUUCCUGCUGGUGCCAGGCACCAGCCACCAKAGCCUUUCACAGCACAUCCUGCAGGCACCAUAGCAUUGUGUUUGYUCAGUAGGAAAAUGUCUCUGUGUUGUGGGCUUUAUUCUCUCAGCUGUUCUAUCCAUGCUGCCAGAUGAUACCACAAUGUAGUAGGAGCCUGUCCUACAGGGGACAGCCACAAGUGCUCAUCAGCUGCCCCCUUCUUUGCCUCUUACGGAAAAAGAAAUCUGGGUUGAGGGAUGAAGUUCUGCUCCCACAGGAYGCACUAGUAAAACUUCUACUGCCUCAAAAGGAGGGGGAGAAAGAAGUGUUUCAAUAGCCUGGAAUAAGCCUUACCUGCAAAAAAGCCCUAUUUUUGCCACCUUUGUGCACUGAAAUGGGAUUUCUGAGGGUGACUGCACUUCUGUUCUGCAAGGCCAGUACAUUGCUCAUGGGCCCUCACUGAGAACCAAGAGGAAGGGAUAAGGGCCAGCGCUCUGUUCAUUUUGGAGAAGGGGUUGGUCCCCUGUACCAUUUUACCUCUGCAGUUUGGGUCCAGAUCACAGCAGUCACGAGAGUUCCCAGGGUUGUUGCAGGUGCUGGCCCAGUGAGUGCYGUAGCUGUGGAUCCCCCUGGGAGCAGCAGGCUGGAAGGAAAGUGGAGCUAGGAGAGUUCUGACACGGUCAACAAGUAAGGAGGACGUUCCUCACCUACUGCUAAGCCUUUCUCAUUACAGAUGCCUUGAAAACAGAGGUGACCAGGAAUGGAGUUCCCCUGAAGUUAUAGGAAAGCUUUUAAAAUUUUGGUAGAAAAAUUUCAGUUGCAAAACCACCAGAUUAUUCUACCUAUAAUUUACCAGGGUGUAAUAUGCACCAAUUGACUUUUAUUUUGGUUUCUUAGCUGAAAGCUUCUUAAUGCCMAUGAGUUUCUCCCCAGUAAAGGUUUCUGUGCCUGCCAAUGUAUGCUCUGAGGUGAAGCAGCAAGAYAGAAGUUCAAGAGCCACCAGUUUCUUCAUCAACUUGAUCACAGCCAACAUGAUCGGCUCAGGAGGGGUCUGAACAGAGUCAUCCUGACAGCCUUCCUUGAUCCUUUUUCUCCAGAUCAAUGUAAUUUACACAAACUGGUUGAAAACAGCUCUGAAGUUAAUCUUACGACUUGUUUUUUUAAAUUGUUCAUCUUUCUAACUUCCAUUCUGUAUGCCCAUACCCUGCCUGAGCAAGUCUACAAACAGCCCUGCGGAUCAGAAAGACCAGACUUUAAGGCAGUGUUAGAUUUAUUGUAGGUGAAGGAAUGAAACCCUCUCACAUUCCUGCUCAUCAGAGCUGAAAUCUCCCCCCAGACAUGGAGCAGUUUGUGCACAGAGYCUGUUGUCUGCUAAGAAUCAGUCGGCACAUGGAGCCAGAAGCAGCACAAAGUGCUUAAGUUUUUAAUUUUUUUUUUUAAUMAUUAAAAUUACAGUGUGAAAACUUGUUACUUUUUUUCAGAGUACAAUAAAUUCGAGUUAUGUUAUUUUCUAACAUGCCCAGGAGUGCCACAAGUGCUGCAGCACAGAAUUAACAGCAACCAGGCUCUUCUGUUACCUCCAGAUGUCCUUGAAGCUGCUGGCUCAUGUUGGAGAUGYAAUAUUCUCCAUCCUGCUCAUUUGUGGUUCAACCUGUCACAGUCAGCAGCGUGCUCCUGAAGGAGCAUCCACGGAGGAACUGGUUUUGGUGAUUUAUUGUGGUUUUAYUUCAGCUGCUGCCAGGAUUUCCCAUCAGUCGGAUAAAACCUGAAUCUACUGAACUUAGGGCUGUGCAGUGCUAGAGCAGAAGGCAAGGACUGUCACCAAUGUACAGGUUUGAGGAAGGAAGGAGGAAGGAGGAAGUUAUUUUAUGCUCUGUCCUUGAGUGAGGACACAGCACCUGGAGGAGGAACAAAAAAAAAAAAAAAACA